AUGGCUAACUGGGCUGGGGCGACGCCGAAGAACCAACAGAUGUUUAAUGUAAAAGGGUUUGAUGAGAAUGAUUUGAUGAUGGGAGUUAUGUUGUCACAAAAACCAGGAAAUGAUCUUAUUCAAAACUGUGAUCUGCCACCCCCUACAAAAGUCUUUUCAGGGUUACCUGACAAUGUAACAGUAAUCAGUCCUAUGAAAAGAAAAAAAGUGCAGAACUUUGUGGGUGAUCAUGAUCAUGGGGAUGAAUUUGAUGUUGGGGAUAGAAAAAUGGGGCUUCUGAAGGCACUAAGGUUGUCUCAGACACGAGCACGCGAAGCAGAAGCUAAGUAUGCCGCGAUGACUAAGGAGAGAGAUGCGCUUGCCUGUGCUGUCGUGCAAGAUUCGAUGCAGAUUUUUGCUUACAGACAGUUUGUGACGUUGCUUGAAUUUCAAGUAUCUCAACUUCAGCAACAGCAAAAACAGCAACAGCAGCAGCAAGUCUUCUGUGAUCAAGGGAAGCGAAAACAGGGCGACGAAGGUGGUGAUGGAAGUGGAAGUAAUGGGUUAACAUUGUUGAUAACUAUGGCUUUCUGUUUGGGUAUAGCUGGGGUUGGAUUUGCAGUUGGUUGCAAAUAUUUUUACUCUUAUUAG